AUGGUAUUCGUGAUUUUUCAUUUUGAAGGCGAGCUACGCUUCUAUGAGGCGAACAGGGUGUUGUUUCAUGGGAAGUCCAAAUAUCAGGAGCUUCUUGUUUUCCAGUCAGCGAAGCAUGGCAAAGUGGCAAUUCUGGAUGGUUAAAUCCAACUGAUGGAGAAGGAUGAGUUUGUUUACCAAGAGAUGUUCACACAUCUUCCCCUCUGCUUAAUCCCGAACCCGAAGAAGGUGCUGCUUGUUGGUGGGGGAGACGGAGGCAUUUCGAGGGAAAUAUUUUGUCACUUGUCCAUGGAACAAAUUGAUAUAUGUAAACUCGACCAAAUGGUGAUUGAUGUUUCCAAGCAAUUCUUCCCUGAAAUAGCAGUUGGGUACGAGGAUCCGCGAGUGAAUGUCUACAUUAACGAUGGAGUUGCUUUCUUGAAGGCUGUUCCUGAAGGAACUUUUGAUGUGAUCUUUUUGGAUGCAUUUGAGUGUAUGGCUACUGCAAUUGAACUAGCGAAUAAAGAGUUCUUGGAAUCGGUGGCUUAGGCGCUCUGUCGUGCAGGCCUCAUGUCUUCUCCAGCAGACAGCUUUUGGCUGGACAACUUCACACCGGAAGAUACUAUUGCCGAAUGUCGCCAAAUCUUCAAGGCCUCAGUGUGGUAUGUUUGGUGUUCAAUUCCUUCCUACUCGAGUGGGAUGAUUGGAUUUGUGCUCUGCUCCAACAACGUGGCAGUUGACUUUGAGAAACCUGUCAAUCCACUAUAUACCAAGAACAAUGGGAUGGCUGAAGGGCCUCCUAAGUUCUACGACUCCCAGAUCCAUGCAGCUUCUUUCUGUCUACCAUCUUUUGCGAAGAAGGUUGGCAGUGCCAAAUUCUGA